AGGAUGUUUGAUCCUGUCUUCCCUGAUCCUCCCCUUCAUCCACAGCCCCCAAUCCAUCUGCUGAUAGAACAGAGCCUUAGAAGCAAGCUGCACAUGCUCAGUUUGGUUUUUUUUUUUUUGUCUUGGGAGAGUGCAUGUGAUCAGCACAGGGCCAAUCAGCACUGUCCAGACAGAGGGUUUAGGGGUCCUGCAGCCUCAUAGGACAAUCAAGGGAGAAUGAAAACUCCUCCUACAAGCUUUAACCAGUGCUCUGCUGGACACUGAUAGAAGUCACAAGACUGCUCCAGCUGCUGAUGAGAAAAGGUAUUUAUCAGUUUAUAUUUACUAAAAUAA